GGAUCAAGAUCUCUUGAAAGCAAACAACUGUGCUUUGCCCUCUGCUCAGGAGCUUUCUCGCCAGCCUUCGGUUAAUCAGCUAAAGACAGAGUGGGGAAUGGGAUGAGGACAGCCCGGAGUCUAUUGCGGAAAUGUUUAUUCACCUGGCGCAGUAAAGGGAAAGCCAGCUAAAUAGACCUUGGAGUCUUGAUUUUUGUUUUGUUUUGUGUUGCAGGGCUAAACAACUGACGAGAAAUGAACUGGAGGCUACAUUUUAGGGUCUCCGCAGGAAAGCAUCUAUUUUGUUCUAUAAAUUUUCAGAGAUUAGCAGGAUGGAGGAAUCUCUGGAUAUGCACUGAGCAACUUCAUCACAGAAGCUCCCCUGCUUCUACAGCUUGCAGAAAUUUAGUUUCAUUUGGAUCAGUCUUCCAGCCUCCAAGUAGAAUUUUUUUGCUGCAGAGGCCUCCAGAAACCACCACAAAAAAGCUGGCAAGCAUUUCCAGAGAGAGGAUCCAAGGAGUCAGAACAUUUUCCUUAUGCAGUGCUCCAAUGGUAUUCUUUGGCGUUGGCAGAGGGGGAAAUAAUGGUGGGAAAGUGAAACUUACCUUCAAGGACGUGACAGAAUUAAUUCAAAAGAAACAAUGCUAUAGGAUAGUAGUGAUGGCUGGAGCAGGGCUAAGCACUCCUAGUGGCAUCCCAGAUUUCAGAUCCCCGAAGAGUGGCCUCUAUGAUAACCUCCAGCAGUAUAAUAUUCCGUAUCCAGAAGCCAUCUUUGAACUUAGCUAUUUCUUCCAGAAUCCUAAGCCUUUCUACAUGUUGGCCAAGGAGUUGUACCCUGGCAAUUACAGACCCAACUAUGCCCACUACUUCCUCCGACUUCUGCUUGAUAAAGGGCUUCUCCUGCGUCUGUACACACAAAACAUUGAUGGACUGGAGAGAGUUGCUGGGAUACCUGCAGAUAAACUAGUUGAGGCUCAUGGUACGUUUGCUUCUGCAACUUGUACAGUGUGUCGAAGAUCAUACCCUGGUGAGGACUUUAGGGCAGAUGUGAUGGCUGAGAAGAUCCCCCACUGCCCCGUAUGCACUGGACUCAUCAAGCCUGACAUUGUAUUUUUUGGAGAGGAGCUCCCCCAUCGGUUCUUCUUGCAUGUGACUGACUUCCCUAUGGCAGACCUGCUCUUUGUCAUUGGAACCUCCCUUGAGGUGGAACCUUUUGCCAGUCUGGCAGGUGCAGUCCGCAGCUCUGUUCCACGCUUACUGAUCAAUCGGGACUUGGUGGGGCCAUUUGCCUAUCAGCCACAGCACAAUGAUGUAGCUGAACUGGGAGAUGUUGUCAGUGGAGUGGAGAAGGUGGUGGCUCUUCUGGGCUGGAAGGAGGAGUUGCAAGAACUAAUCAAGAAAGAAACUGAAAAGCUGGAUGCAAAAGGCAAAUAGCGACUUUGACCUCUACUGCUGGAAACAUUUGUCUCCUCAGAAGCAACUUUCAACCCAGUCAAAUGUUGCCAUUAUAUGCAAGCAAAGACCUGGGGUGGGGUGGGGUGUAAAGAUGCUGUCCAUGCUGGUAUCACCUAAUAAGUAGCCACUGGAAGAACCCGUAUUUGGAGAACGUCUGAAUUUCUUCCCAAAAUCAGAGACAGUACUUGUCAAGACUUUUUGGAAAUGGCAACUAAAUGAUAAGCCGUGAACUGGCUUUUGUAUAGAUACUCCAGAUCUCAUGUCUGAGGCAGAGAGAUGGGGAUGUUCAGUACAACUGCUACCUCCCAUGACAAGCUCAUUGCUAUUGUCCUGUUGGAGUAAGGUCUUCUUACUCAUUUGUGAGAAAGCCAACAUUUUCCUCUCCCCAUUUGUUAAACAGCCAAGAUUAGGUCAAAUGGCUGUUACAGCCUUUAUCAAAAGUUAAAUCUGUAGAUUAGUUCUACGAUCGAUAGAAAGGCCUGUUUGCAAGCAGAUAUUCUUAAAGAAUGUGAUGCUCAUUUGCAGUUUAUCAUUCAUAUAAAAUAGGAAGAAGAGGUUGUGUCUAGAAACAAACUACAGCACCAUGGGUAUAUUGCCACUGUUUUAAUUUAAAUUAACAUUUUCCCAGCAGCGCUAUUAAUCAAAAUAAAAGCACCUUACAUGAUA